CACAGACCCACCCACCCCCUCUCCAAGACAGAUAUCAUAUUACUGUUACAUUCAAUACUGUAGAAUAGGAGAAGACUCGUCACACACACACACACACACAGACCAUGCACUUUUGAUACAACAACAAAAAUAACGGAGAUGUGUCUUAGCCUAUUAACCAAAGUGAAUCGUUUUUUUAAUAUACUGGGAGUCAAAAACACCCUCUGCCAUCAUUGAUUUGAUUCCAUAUUUAAUAUGUUACCGUUAGCGUACAUGAUCAGUCAAAUGUUAUUGUAGAGGAAAUGAGAAGCAGUAUUGCACUACCUCAGAACUGUUGUUUAUUAGACUUCUAGAAAGGGACAAGGAUAUUAUGCAGCUUUAAAUGUACACGGGGAACUAACAUGAAAUGACACUAUACAGUAGAUCUACACGGUGUUUAGCUUUUCAGCCAGUUUAUAUUAGUGGUGGUUCAGGUGCCUUUAAAUGAGGAGAAUAAAGGGUCACUUCAUGUCUGGAUGGAGUGAGGGUUAGGAUCUGUGGACCUGUUCCCAUCUCUCUUACUCUCCUAUGUUCUCACGUACAAUGGACACCAACUGAAACGUGUACAACCUGCUAUGACUACAUUCCCACAACGAUCUAUUUAUUUUCUUCCUUAUUUUUUCCUCUCUUCAUUUUCUCUUUAAUUAAAGAGAGAGCACCGUCAUUGGCAUAUUUGACUCCUGUAGUAUUUGUAUGUCGUAUGUACGGUAUGUAUGUACUGGAUGUGGGUUAUCCAAUCAAUUCCCCAAUUUCUGCCAUUGGUGCACAGAUGAGGGUUUUAUUCUAUUCAUUUUAUGGCAGAUUCAUUUGACAUUCUGGUGUAAUGUUGUCCAUUCCAGAUGAAAUCGUGUUGGUGUUUUUUCUGCGACACUACAAAUAAUGUCCAUCCAAUCUAUGAUUCCUAUAAUUUAGCAUUAUUUAUUGCUUACGCAUUCAAACCGCAUAAUCUACUACAAUGUAUGGUGAACACAAUACUGCUGGGAAAAAUGACUACUCAAAAACGUAUUCUUGUUGUCUGUUGUCCCACUACACAUCUUGUAACUCACUUGUCCUCUGUUAACUUCUAUUGUAAAUGACCUUGUACUGUGCUGUAUAGAUUGAAUUGUCAUGAUGAUGAUACGUGUUUUUCAGCACAGCCCACUGAGAAGUAUAGGGCUAGAUGUGUACCAGUUAUUUUCAAAGGGGACUAGUUAGAACAAAGCAGGUGAAAAGAUAAGACAAAUAUUGGAUAAAGACAAGUGAUUUAUGACCUGAUGAAAAUAACUGGUGCAAAGUAAAUCUAGUCCUUUAAGUGUCGAAUCUCUGUAUGAUCAGUGUUGGUUACUCUUGGGCUAUUUUUUAAAUGAAAUAUAUUGGGAAAACAAAUGGAUGUUUUAUUACGGAAUGAGAAUCUGUGAUUUUACUAAUUAACAAACAUGAUCGUUUUGAGUUGUGUCCAGCUUUGAUACAGUAGCAAGUCCGUAGCUACUUGCAUAUCAUCGGCCACGCGCAUUAUUUCCUAUAUCAACAGUUUGCGCGACUCUCUCCUCUCGCUGGUUUAGACUUGUGAAGAUAUACAUUUGUGACAUUAUUACAUCAAGGAAAGUUGUCUGGCAACGCAAAGAUGUGGAAGUCAGUGGUGGGACACAACGUGAGCUUAAAGGUUGCAGAGGGGGACGACUGGGAGACCGACCCUGACUUUGAGAAUGAUGUGUCAGAACAGGAACAGAGAUGGGGGGCCAAGACCAUUGAGGGGUCUGGUCGAAAAGAACACAUCAGUGUAUCAGAGCUGAGACAGAAGGUGUCCCAGGAGCAUGAGGUGGGGAAGCAGAAGGAGCGAGCGGAGGCUCCCAAGGCCUCUUACGGUUACGGAGGGAAGUUUGGAGUGGAGAAAGACCGCAUGGACAAGGGGGCAGUGGGGCAUGGCUACGUGGCACAGGUGGAGCAGCACUCAUCCCAGACUGAUGCAAAGAGAGGAUUCGGGGGGAAAUUUGGAGUGCAGAAAGACCGUGUGGAUAAGUCUGCCAUGGGUUUUGAAUACAAGGGAGAGGUGGAGCAGCAUGCAUCUCAGAAAGACUAUUCAAAGGGUUUUGGAGGGAAGUUUGGGGUGGAGAAGGAGAAAGUGGACAAGGCUGCCUUGGGAUAUGACUACAAGGGAGAGACAGAGAAGCACCAGUCUCAGAAAGACUAUUCAAAGGGUUUUGGAGGGAAGUUUGGGGUGGAGAAGGAGAAAGUGGACAAGGCUGCUUUAGGUUACGACUACAAGGGCGAGACAGAGAAGCAUGAGUCACAGAAAGACUAUGCCAAGGGCUUUGGGGGACGCCAUGGCAUUCAGACAGACCGCAUGGAUAAAAGUGCAGUGGCCUUCACAGACAUGGAAUCCCCUACCUCUGCCUAUGAGAAGACACUACCAUUGGAGGCAUCAAGCGCAGGGGCAGGCAACCUGAAGGCUCGCUUUGAGAACUUGGCUCGGUCAUCAGACGAGGAGAACAGAAAGCGAGCGGAGGAGGAGAGAGCCAGGAGACAAGCUAGAGAGAAGAGAGAGCAGGAGGAGGCACGACGCAGACAACAGGAACAGAACAGCAGGGAGGAGGAAGCAGAGCAGCAUCAGCCUCCACCUGUUGAAGAGCAGAGACCUCCACCUAUUGAAGAGCAGAGACCUCCACCUGUUGAAGAGCAGAGACCUCCCCCUUUUCCAGAGGCCAACAGGAAGCCCCAACCACCACAGCUGCCCACUGCCAGGGCAUUGCCUCAGAUACCAAGAGAUGAUCCUGAGCCAGUGGAGGAGCCAGACUAUGACCAGCCCCCGUGCCUGCCCCCACGGUCAAGUGACCUGCUGGAGGCGGAGCCACCUCAGGAGCAGACCCCAUCAGAACCAGAGCAGGAGGAUGAGGGAGAGUAUGAGGAUAUCGCACCAGUACCUUUCCCAGAACCUGAUCCAGCUGUGGAUAAUGACUAUGAGGACCUGACAUGCGGUCAGACAGCAGUGGCCAUUUAUGACUACCAAGGAGAGGCAGAUGAUGAGAUCUCCUUCAACCCGGAUGAUGUCAUCACCAACAUAGAGAUGGUGGACGAAGGCUGGUGGAAGGGACAGUGUCAUGGACGCAUUGGACUUUUCCCUGCUACAUUUGUGAAAAUGAUGUAGUGAGCGUGCCUAUACAGUCUCCAACACACAGACAUAUACCUGAGCCCAUAGGACCUGUGGGUCUUUUCACAGGGGGAACAUCAGCAUAUUGAUCCUAUCUGACAGGUAUAGUUUGAUUGUGCCAUGGGAGCAUCUCAAUUGCAUACUCCUCGAUCCUCACUUUCUUAAUACCCAUUGGAGGAGGUCAGAGGGGAGGGACCUCUGGCUUUCUCAUCCACUGGGUUUUGAGGUAAGGAGAAGACGCAAGGAGUAUACAAUUGGGAUUCUCCUCAUGUGUUUUCUAGUCAAUUGAUUCAUAUCCGGCCAGUAGUCAUGAUAUAUAACGGAUAGUCAUUGUGCUUCAUAUUGCUCAGGGUGGGAUGCAGGCCUUCCCCUUAUAAACGCUGAUUGCUAAAUGUUCCAGAAUAUUCUCAUACACUUGCAAUUAACAGGAUUAUGUAAGACAUUUAGCUAUGGAAUGUUUUGUUUAAAAACAAUUAACUACAGAGAAUUGUAUUUUGGCUAUUGAUGGAAUCCUUAACUUGAAUUACAUUGUCAUACUUUGGAAAAGCAUAAUAUCUGAAACACCAGGUUAAAAAGGUUCUUUCUAGAAUCAACUGCAUGUAAUCAAUAAAAUGUAUUAAUGUACAGAAA